AUCGUUGUAGCUCUCCUCAUCACGUUUCGUCUGUCUCUCUUCUCUUUGCGCAAUAGGACGGACACCAGAUACCCCGUUAUUGUGUUUUGGACCUCUCCAAAACGCGAUUCGUUCUUUUUUCCAACUCUUUAUACGGUUUUGGUGCGCUCGAUGGCUCGCACUGCUGACUGUGGCUCGUGACUAACAGAACACCUGCACGGAAUCAGACCAACGUUACUUGCGGCAUCGCUCUACAUUCCUGAGGACUUGACAGAGACAUCAGAGCGGCUCACGGUCACCUCCUCCUAAAAGGUCCAGGAUGCUGGGUGCGGUGGUCCCUGUCUGUGGACUGCAGGCUCUGCUGACGGCCCUCCUGCUCUCUCUGGGCUAUGGCCUGGUGUGGUCAGACCCGGUGGUGAACAUGAGGAAGGUGACCCACCAGAGGGUGAGGGAGCAGCUGGCCAACACCGUCCUGCUGCCCUGUGUCUUCACCCUGCGCCCCACCCCUACCCACGAGCCCCCCCGCAUCAAGUGGACCAAGGUGUGGGGCCAGAGGGGCGACGAUGGUCGGCAGAGGGAACAGUCCAUCCUGGUCGCCAAGUACAACGUGGUCAAGGUUAAGAAGGCAUUCCAGGGGCGUGUCACCCUGCCCGGUUACCAGGACAACCGCUACAACGCCAGCCUGGCGCUCAGCGGUCUGCGCUCCAGUGACUCGGGCAUGUACCGCUGUGAGGUGGUGGUGGGCAUCAACGACGAACAGGACACCGUGCCCCUGGAGGUUACAGGUGUGUUGUUCCACUACCGUGCCCCCCACGACCGCUACGCCCUGUCCUUCCCCGACGCCCAGCGGGUGUGUCUGGAGAACUCGGCUGUCAUCGCCACGCCUGCUCAGCUCCAGGCCACCUUUGCCGACGGGUAUGACAACUGUGAUGCUGGCUGGCUCUCUGACCAGAGCGUGAGGUACCCUAUCCAGUCUCCCAGGCCUGGUUGCUAUGGCGACAGGCAGGACUCACCUGGAGUGCGCAACUACGGCAAUCGGGCCCCUGACGAGCUGUUUGAUGUCUACUGCUUUUCCAAGCAACUGCAAGGUGAGGUGUUCCACUUGUCUGUACCAGAGAAGCUGAGCCUGGCCACAGCCUCUACCCACUGCCACGCUCUAAAUGCUCAGCUGGCCACGGCAGGGCAGCUCUACCUAGCUUGGCAGGCCGGCCUGGACCAGUGUGACCCAGGCUGGCUGGCUGACGGCAGCGUGCGCUACCCCAUAAACCUUCCCCGGCGCAACUGUGGCGGGGAUGAUCCGGGGGUGCGCACUGUCUACCACAACCCCAACCGCACCGGUUUCCCAGUAACCACCACCCGCUUCGACGCCUACUGCUACCGAGAACGUGAUGCAGGAGUCCAGGCAGCCCAGCCAGGGUUCCUCCAAUACAGAGAGCCAGAGAACAACUCAUCAGACACUGAGCCCCAGCGCUCUGACCCCUUCCCCAAACCCUCCACCUGGACUGGCAUCGUGGACCUGGACAAGGAGGGAAUCAGCUCCAUCGCUAGAGGCAACGAGUCCUCUGAGAUCUCAGAGGAGCACGUGGUAAUCCACCUCCAGCCAGGGGAGGGUACCCAGCGCUGGGGAGAGGAGAACCAGGAGACCCAGGACCGAUCCAAAACUGGAGCCCCUCAGGACGCCUCCUCCAGCCCUAAGACCAAGACCAGUACCCUGAGUCUGUCUGCCCUGGAGAGUCUGGAGACCCACGGAGGUUCUGCCCAGGAGGAGGUGGAGGGUGAGGGGGAAGUGGAGGGGCGUUUCGGGUCGUCCGACUCCCCUCUUUCCUCCCAGACCUCUCCAACGCUCCAGGCUCAGACUGCCAAUAGCGUUCUCCACAGCUUCGUCAACAACCUGAUGAAGCCCUUCAAGUAUUGGACAGGCUCUGUUGAGAUCGACACGGAGGCCCCUCCCCCAGCCACACCUGCCUCACUGCCCGAGGGGACAUUAGCUGUGGCAGACCAGGAAGCCCCAGGGUCGGCUAAGGUCAACCCCACCGAAGGGAGGCCCAAUCUUGGCAGCACUGACAGCGGCGUCAUGGAGCAUCGGAGCGGAGGCUCCUCGCUCAAGACAUCCACCGGUGGGCUCACCAGCUCAGAGGAGGGUCUGACUGAGCAGGAGAAAGAGGUGGUCCCAUUUGGCCCUGUGAUCCUGUACACACAACCAGGGAGGGAUCCAAGCACAUCCCUAACCAACCCUUCAGCCUCCUCCUCUAAUGGAUUCACAGAACUGGGGCCCAGUGGUAGUAGCAAGACUGUGGAGGCUUUGAAUGUAUCAGGAGGCCCCCACCAUGGCACCAGGUAUGAGCUGGCUUCAUCCCCAGGGGCCCCGGCACAAGCCACAGGCAGCCAGCUGAGAUGGGCCCUCAAGGCCAUGAAGGGUUCUAAGCUUGUGCCGGAGGGACACAUGGCGUACGUGGGGAAGGAUUCCACCUGGGAGCCAAUGGAGGCCAAAGCAGGGCCCCUCGAGGUCAUGACCCUGCCAACCAACCCAGAGAACUACUCUGGCGAGGGGAGGGACCAGGAUGAGGACCACAGCAUCCCCCAUGACGUCCUAGAAAGAGAGGAGGGGGAUAAAGAGACAGAGACAGAGGGAAGCGGGAGAGGAGUGAACGACUUACCAAGAGGCUUUGGAUCUAACGGUAACAGCAAUCCAGCCAGCGGUGCCAGCAGCAGCACAAAGCCUCCUGUGUCUGGACUGAAACCCACCCAGACCCAAACCCAGAGCCAGACAGUAGCAGAGCACACCACUAUCUCCCAGUGGCAGCUGGUGGACCAGCCCACCACCUCACCUGCAGCUGCUGCUGCAGGCUCCAGCCAGGGCCCAGGGGGAACCGUUGAGGAGGCCAGGGGAGAGAUUGUCUAUGUCCGACGCCCCACCGAGAAACUGCUUCCAGCCACCUCCAGUAAGAAAGGUGGCUUCUCCCCUGUGAUCAGGAAGCAGAACCUGAACACAACCAGAGUGACUGAGAGACAACGCAGCCUAGAUGAGGCCACCACACCUGGGGUUACCUCCAGACCUGCAGCCCCUAUGGAGCCCCUGACCACCAUCAAAACCUCCACAGCAGACACCCAGAGAACAGAUUCCACCAGGGAGCCUCCUAUCUCCAUCAUAUGGGUUCCGGUGGAGCGAGAGAAGACAAUCAGUACCACACCUCUGACCAGAGAUGGACCACAAACGGCCACAGCUUCCACUCAGUUGACCACGCCACUGUCCAUUCUGAAGAGUAGCGAUCGUGAGGCCGAGUCCAGGUUGGCCGUUUCAGAGUCGUUCGUGGUGGGAAAAGGGUGGAAGCCUUUGGGAGGGAGGAACCCCAAAUCUAAGGAGGACAAAACCCUUGUGACCACAGAGAAGACAGAGAAGAACCCCUUUGGUGUCAUUGUGCCCACCUGGGGCUAUGACCUCAACCCUUCAGCUGAAGACAACCCGUGCCAGACCAACCCCUGUCUGCAUGGAGGCAGCUGCCUGCCGGAGGGCGACGGCUACAGCUGCUACUGCCCCCAGGGCUACUCUGGAGAGAGCUGCGAGAUCGACAUCGACGACUGCCAGUCCAACCCGUGUCAGAACGGAGGCACCUGCAUCGAUGAGAUCAACUCCUUCGUGUGCCUGUGUCUGCCCAGCUACGGUGGAGCCACGUGUGAGAAAGACACAGAGGGCUGUGAACACACAUGGAGGAAGUUCCAUGGCCACUGCUACAGGUACUUCAGCCGCAGACACACCUGGGAGGACGCAGAGAAGGACUGCAGGGAGCACAGCGGACACCUGGCCAGCAUACACACACUCCAGGAGCAGGACUUCAUCAACGGUCUGAGUCAUGACAACACCUGGAUCGGACUGAACGACAGAACAGUGGAAGAGGAUUUCCAGUGGACUGACAACAUGGACCUGCAAUAUGAGAACUGGCGGGAGAACCAGCCGGACAACUUCUUUGCGGGUGGAGAGGACUGUGUGGUGAUGAUCGCCCACGAGAACGGCAAGUGGAACGACGUGCCCUGCAACUACAACCUGCCCUACGUCUGCAAGAAGGGAACAGUGCUGUGUGUCAACCCUCCCACCGUGAAGAACGCCUUUCUGAUUGGUCGUAAGCGGUCCCACUAUGACAUCCACUCAGUGGUGCGUUACCAGUGUGCCGACGGGUUUCUCCAACGCCACGUCCCCACGGCCAAGUGUCGUGCCAACGGCAAAUGGGAGCGGCCGAAAAUCAUCUGCACUAUGACCCGGGGAGCACAGCGCUACAGGCGGCACCAUGACCAUCACAACGGCCGACGGGAGCGCAGAAAGCACAAGAAGCACGGCCAUGGACACGGAGAGGGGGGGCACCACGGAGGGGAUCAGGGCCACAGGCAUGGGCACGGGCAGGGGAACGCUCAUGCCCACAUCUGAACCAAAAACGUCCACUGCCCGAACCUCGCCUCGCUGCCCAGUCUCCCUCCUCUACCCCCUCUCCUGCCCUGUUCCUGACCCCACAACCUGGCUCCCAGAGCCAGCCUGUAUCAUACUCAACUCUGAGGCCUGACAGCCGACUGCUAGGCCUCACUGAGACAAUAACAAUCGCUUUGUACUCUUCUUUACUUUCACUGCUUUUCUUUUCUGUCUCCCUCCCUCCCCCCUCCCUCCACCCCCUCCCUCCCUCCCUCCCGGCCUACUUUUAUCAAGUCAACGAGGACCCAGGAUAUGGGGCUUUGCUCACCUGUUCAAAUCUUAAGAGGUUUCUUUUGUUUCCUUCUAUUUUUACAUUAACGAUCAUGGAGGAUGUUUAGUACAAACUGUAAAUAGUGACAACAUCAGAAAAUCCUGUAUCGAACCAGAAGAGUCGGGAAUACAUUAACAUGCAAUCCAUGUUUUUCAAUUGUUCGUUCGAACCUUGUUUUUAACAGAUGUGUUGUCUGACUGUAUUUCUUGACUUUGCUGUUUUUGGUUAGCUCUUUGGAAGACCUUUUGCUCAAUGACCUACAACAGUUAUUCUGAACAGAUUUAGCUACGUGCUUUCAUUGACACGGGCAGUUCUACUGGUUUCGAUCGACUAGCAUUGUAUCUCAUCAUUGUUAACGACGGUCACUUUUAACUGGGUAUAGAGGAAAACCGAGAAAGCGCAGUUAGCCUCGAUCCAAAUCGACCUCACGCCACUGAGGUCGAUCCAGAAGCUCAAACUUCUCCCCGUAGUGGCAGUCCAUGUUUCUCCUAACGAUUAUCAUCCUAUUGUAUGUGUAUCCUUUCUGUGUCAUUCUGUGUUCCUGCUUCACUACUAGAGGAGAUAGCUAGUCAGGAGUCGAGAAACCCAACCCAGAAUAGGCCAGAUUAUGACUAGCCUCUCUAAGUCUGGUUUCCCAGCUAGCUAUUAGGCAAUGAUCCUUCAUCAGAAUUCUCUCAUACCCAUCACCACGCUCUCAUAUUCCGUCUGUGUCCCGGUGUCAAUGGUCUGUUCGUCUUCCAGUUUGGAGUUCUACUACUCUGGCCCGCUGAGGAGAAAUUGUUCUGUCAGACUGUCAGAGAGAGAAAAGGAGAGGGGGAGGAAUAGAGAGAGAAGAGCAGGGAAUUCGGACUCUUAAUUGCAGUCGCCCCGUUCUCCAGCACAUCAAACAGAGAGAUGGCAGGGCUCUCUCUGCAGCCGGCGGGUACAGAGCUGGGCCCAUAAUUAUCUUUUUAAAGUAGUGCAGAUGGGGGCAUAAUGCCGGGAUGAACACACACUCUGCCCCACCCGAGGAGGAGUAAGCUGAGCUAAUGUCCUAGUGUAUGGAUCUGCCUUUAAAUACAGAGAACCAGAGUUGUGGUGGCUGGGUUCAGAGGCCAGUCUCAGUGAGGUUUGUGUGUGGGGCGACAGUGACAGCGACAGGGCCCACAGAAAAUUCCAGAAACAUUUGAGACGGUUAAAAGAGAUAAAACACCCUUGUAUUUCUGGACCAGUGGUUCAGAAUGGUACCAGGAAACGCAUGGUUUUAAACAGAGCUGUCCUGUCUGCUGCAGCCCGGAGCCGGCUGGGAUAAGACCCGCGCCACCUCUUCUCUCUGCAGCGGGUAGAAAAAGGAGACAUGUUUUACUGCACGAUCCGACUGAUUCUCGAAAGCUCCUUUAUCGCCUUUACGCAAUUCCUCUGAGCUUAUGCCCCCCCCCCCCUCUUCCUUUCUCUGUCUCUCCCUCCUCUCUCCCUUGUCUUUCAUCCUCAUCCCUUUAUCCACCUUGUCAAUGACACAGACAGGGCCUGAAAGAGAGAAAAGAGAGCAAGCUCCAUAUCAGUACAAUUAAUCUCCCUUAAAGCAUGCUUAAUUAAUGAAGAGGUUAUCACCGUGACCUUUGUCCCUGGCUGUGAUGACAGGGGCUUUGCUCUGACAGACGGGGAGCCACAGGCCUGUCACAGCUCCUCACGCUCCUUACGUCUUUUAGUUGUCAGUCUACUAUCGGCUUUUCUUUCUAUCCCGUCUCCCAUUCCAGACAAUGGAUUGACCGUGGGUGGGUGGGGGCUCCUUAGGCAUUUAAAUCAGCUGAGAUUCUCCUAAAGAUACCGUGAUGACUAUAACUACUAUGGGGUUAAGCAGGACAGUAUGUGUUUGUCUCUCACAGUAGUACGAGGGACGGAGUGCGUGUGUGACAGGAAGAACACAUAUGAAGAGGUGAUUGGAUCUCUCUCACACAAGGUGGACAGAAGUGUAAAACGAACAAACCGAGACUCUGCUGAGAUCGAGCCUGGGCUGGACAGAUGUUGGCUAUGAUUAAGGAGUAGAGAUGGAGUGUAGGUGUAGGCCGACCUAUGUGUCUGGCUGGCUGUCAGUCAUCCUCUAGUCUAGGAGGCUGCUGUUAUCACUGCACCAGACCAGCUGCUUAUUGGUGGAUCUCCUGGAGCAAUGGGUCAACUCAGCUCACUGUGCUCUGUGGAUGGUGUCAGCUUGCUCCGAUGCACACAGACUCUCCAGACAUAUACUGUCUCUCCAUCACAGAAACAAAUGUUCUCUCUUUCCUUAUCUGACACUCUCUCGCCCACUCUUUCCCUAUCUGACACUCUCUCGCCCACUCUUUCCCUAUCCGUCACUCUCUCGCCCACUCUUUCCCUAU